AUGGAAUUAAGAGUUAUUGCAUUAUUGCUUUUCCUAUUUUCCAUUAAUCCUGUUGAGAGCUACGCUUUGAACAAAAAUUUUGCAUUUUUGUUUGGCUGUAAGGGGGCUCCAGGGAGAAGGGGGACGCAUUUACGGCUUAAAAUUAACGAAGUCAUUAAUUUUAAAGCAGACAAGGAUGACCUGAAAAGGGAAAUUGUUACUCAUGCGAGGAAUAUAUCCUUAGAUUUGAGUGACGAACAGAUAAAUAAUAUAGGGAAGAAUUUAUAUGAGUUUUUUUCCUAUCUGAAGUUGAAGGAUAUAACAAUAGGAGUACGGCGGGGAAGAAGUAAACGAAGCGGGAAGGCAUUGCCUCUAAAUUGUGAGGACAACAAAUAUAAACAGUUUCACACACAAAAUAUGAAAAAGGAAGGCGAUUAUUAUGUUCAGGAUUCGGACAGUUAUUCCAAUUAA